AUGCGAAUUUAUCACUUGAAGGAUGACAGCGACACGGCGCACCCCUGUUUGUUCGCCGAACUGGACGCCCGCUUCUACUGUGUCAACUACGCAGAUUCGUUUGGUAUCCCCGUCAGUGUUUGUUCACCGAACUGGACGCCCCGCUUCUACUGUGUCAACUACGCAGAUUCGUUUGGUAUCCCCGUCAGUGUUUGUUCGCCGAACUGGACGCCCGCUUCUACUGUGUCAACUACGCAGAUUCGUUUGGUAUCCCCGUCAGUGUUUGUUCGCCGAACUGGACGCCCGCUUCUACUGUGUCAACUACGCAGAUUCGUUUGGUAUCCCCGUCAAUGUUCGUUCGCCGUUCGCUUGGUGUCGACCGGCAUGAGAGACGCUACUGUUCACCGCUGGGUCUCGGAGUCUUGCUGCGGU